AUGGCACCUAAGAUCUUCCUGACCGGAGUCACUGGCUACGUUGGUGGUGACGCCUUCUACGCCCUUGAGAAGAAGCAUCCCGACUAUGAAUAUACUCUACUAGUACGAAAUGAAGAAAGGGGCAAGGAAGUCAAGGUCAAGUAUCCCAAUGCGAAGCUUGUCUACGGUUCCCUAGACGACUCAAUCGUCAUCGAGAAGGCUGCUGCCGAGGCAGACAUUGUCGUUCAUGCUGCUCAAUCUGCCGACGACGUGCCCUCUGCUAAAGCGAUUGCGAAGGGUCUUGCAGCUGGUCAUACGACGGAGAAGCCGGGCGCCUGGAUUCACCUCUGCGGCACUGGCUUAUUGACUUGGAGAGAUACUCAAGACAAUCGCUUCGGCGAGGCACCGUACCCUGAUGAAAGGUACGACGACAUCGCCGACAUUGACAAGAUCACAUCCCUCCCCGAUAAGGCGAUUCACCGCGACGUAGACAAGAUCGUCUUGGGAGCCAACGAAACUGGCGCAGUGAAAACUGCCAUUGUCGGGCCUCCCUGCAUCUGUGGACCAGGAAGAGGACCCGUAAACACCCGCUCCAUUCAGGUCUAUGAUAUGGCUAAGUUUACACUGAAGAACGGAUUUGCUCCAGUCAUUGGCAAGGGUCUUACCGAAUGGGAUUACAUCCACGUGCACGACGUGUCAGAUCUCAUACUCAAACUUGUUGAGUCGGCUCAGGAUUCCAAAAUCACUCAAAACCCAGAGUUCUUUGGAGCGCAUGGGUACUAUUUCUGUGAGGCCGGCCCAUUCAAAUGGGGCGAUGUUGCAAAGUGGGUCGCGGAUGAGAUGGUCAAGCAAGGCUUCAUGGCUGAACCAAAAGUCGAGGUGACCACUCUGGAAAAGACCAAAAGUGAUGGCUUAUGGUCAAGCGUUACAUGGGCUAUAAACUCCAAGAGUUUCGCGAACAGGGCAAGGAAGAACCUCGGCUGGGAGCCCACUCGCGGGAACCUUAAGGACGCCAUACCAGAAAUAGUGUCCUCGGAAGCAAAGCGCCUCGGCAUCAAGCCCCAGGCGGCAUGA